GAGGAGGAGGAGCAGGCGUCUCCGGAGGAGAAGCUGCAGAUCGUCCAGCACCUGCUGCUCUCGUCGCCGCCCGGCGAGUUCGACGACGUUUUGAGCGACGCCAUGGCGCUCGUGCCCGGCGACCUCGUGAGCCGGCCCAUGCUCGCGGGCAUCGCCCGCGCCUACAACAACGCGAACCUGCGCUGCGCCCGGGCGGCGGACGGCACCCUCGUGCUCCUCUCGGAGCGCGGCGAGCUCGAGCCGACGCUCUACGCGAGACCGCCGACCGGGCGCCGCGCAGGCGUCGACCACGUCGCGCUCACCGCGGAGGCCGAGGCCGGCGGCGGCCCGGCGGCACCGGGGGCCUUCGCGGCGGAGCGCGAUGCCGUCGCCGCCGCCGUCGGGGCCUACGUCGGCGCGCGCUACGGCGCCGAGUGCAAGUGCGGCGCGGUCUACGAGUCCGACGACGCGUCCGAGCUCGCCGUCGUCAUCUCGGGCGAGUCCGUGAACUUGCGCAACUUCUGGUCCGGCAACUGGCGGUCCGAGUGGACCGUCGUCCUCGGCGACGGCGAGGCGCUCGUGAGCGGGGCCGUCAAGGUCCGCGCGCACUACUUCGAGGACGGCAACGUCCAGCUCCAGACGUCGAAGACGUGCGGCGAGGCGACCGUCGCGGCGGCGUCGCCCGCGGACCUCGGCGCGGCCGUCGCCGCGUUUGUCGAGGCCGCCGAGACCGACCUCCAGAACGGCCUCCAGGAGAUGUACGACAACAUGUCCGCGGAGACGUUCAAGGCCAUGAGGCGCGUCAUGCCCAUCACCCGCACGAAGAUGAAGUGGAAC